AUGGACAUACAUCGACUCCAAGUGCUCCGUUACUGCCUCCCUCAGAGUGUCAGUGACUCAGGGUUGUUUUACAGCCACAUCGCCGCCAGUGAACAGAGUAUCUGCCAGGCGCGGGCCUCUGUGAUGGUCUACGACGAUGCCAGUAAGAAGUGGGUGCCCAUCAAGCCUGGGCAGCAGGGCUUCAGCCGCAUCAACAUCUACCACAACACUGCCAACAACACCUUCAGAGUGGUGGGCGUCAAACUGCAGGACCAGCAGGUGGUGAUCAACUACUCCAUAGUGAAGGGACUGAAAUACAAUCAGGCCACCCCGACCUUCCAUCAGUGGCGUGACGCCCGCCAGGUUUAUGGGCUGAACUUUGCCAGUAAGGAGGAGGCCACCACCUUCUCCAACGCCAUGCUGUUCGCCCUCAACGUCCUCAGCUCACCGGACAGUGGAGGUCCAGUUGUCCAGCGCCAAAAUGGGCCCUCCUCAGAGGAAAGCGAGGCACAGAGGAGGAUGAUGGAGCAACAUCAGAUGCAGGCGCACAAGGAGAGGGAGCGACGAACGUCAGGAUCAGUCGUUUCCACCCUCCAAUAUAAAGUGUCCACUCCUCCCACCCACCCAGACACCCCUCCUGAGUACAGACAGUACAGAGCUAGCACACUGCCACCCUCCUACGUCCGUGUGGCCUCCUCCUCUCCUCCCUCCUCCGCCUCCUCCUCUCCCUCUCAGGAGAAAGAGGUGGGGGCUGCGAGGGACAGAGCCCAGCUCUCCUCCCAGCUCUCCACCUCGCUCGCCUCAGCGUUUUCCCCCGUCCAGGCGGGAGUGACCACCCUGGGCCGACAGGUCCGCCAGAUCCCCCUAUCUCCUCCCUCAGCAGCCCGCCACCUCCACCAUCAACAACAACUGCAGCAACAAGACAUCUCGCUCCCCCCAAAACACGGCACCUGGUCCGCCUCCCAUUUGCAGCAAAUGUACGCCCAAAUGCCCCCUUCUGCUUCCCCUCCAGUCAUGAUGGCCAUGCCUGCGAGGCAGGGUUUGCCCCAACAGCCCACCAUCCCCUUGGCUCACCCCCUCCCACCCCUGAGCACUAGGAUGAAGCCCCCACCUCUUGACCCAAAUGUGGUGACGGGCCAUCACCAGUAUCCCCAGCACCAGCCCCAUCCUCACUCCAACGGCCAGCCAGACGGCCCCUACUCUCCUCACUCUCAGCACCUGCCACUCACCCCGCAGUACUGCGAGGCCGUCCCCCUGCCUCCCCUAAUAGGUCAGACAGCCCCAGGCCCCGCCCACAGCCACCAGCCCCAGUACCCAUCCACCUUCCACCCUCAGCAGCAACUGCAUCCGCAACAACAACAACAUCAGCAACAGGUGUACCACCAGCAGGCCCAGCCCCCCACCACCACUUCCUCCUCCUCACCCCCCUCUUACACUGCCAUGUCUGACGGGGGUUCGCCUAAGAAGACCCCCUCCCCCGUCCCCCAGCAGGCCCCCAUGGUCAGCAGCAGCCCCCCUGUCUCUGUAGGUCACCCAUCCAUGCUUUCUGUGGCGCCUCCUCCAGCUGCAGUUCCAGCACCCAUGGCUGGUCCUCCAGCCCCCCCACCGCCACCGGGUCCACCACCCCCAAUGGCGGUGCCCCCACCCAUGCCCCCUCCACUACCCACUGGUGGAGGGCCUCCUGGGGGCCCGCCCGGUGCCCAGCACCAACCCUCAGGACUGGCUGCAGCACUGGCUGGAGCCAAGCUACGUAAAGUACAAAGGGAUGAGAGCAGUCCACCCGGGUCUAGUGGCAAAAGUGACUCCAACCGGUCUAGUGGCGGCAGUGGAGGUGGUGGAGAGGGACUAAUGCAGGAGAUGAAUGCCUUACUAGCUCGCAGACGGAAAGCUUCAGAGAAACCCGAUGAAGACGACUCUAGUGGUAGAGGGCCAGGUCAGCAGAACUCAACAGACGCUGUGAAGAAGCCAUGGGAACGAUCCAACUCUGCAGACAAGUCGUCGCUGGUGUCCAGAGUGAGACCCAUCGGCAGCACUAGUGAAUCAGACACAGAAUUUGACAGAAUGAAACAGGAAAUUUUGGAUGAAGUUGUACGUGAGUUGCAUAAAGUGAAAGAUGAAAUCAUAAAUGCCAUCAGACAAGAAAUCGGCAGAAUCAGUACAUCCUAAUCUCAUCUGAGCAACAGUAGGAGGAGAGCAAGAGGAGGAUGGACAUGCAGAUGCACAGACACGAGGACCAGGGGAAUGUUCUCUCAAUGUUUCUGUGACCUCACGAUGCCAUGAUGCAAGUUGCAGAGAUGUUGUGCCAACAUUUGAGUCUGCUGGACAGCGAAAAAUGGAAGAGAGAAGCCGAGAGAAGGGGUGAAUGAGACAAGGGAGCAGAAUGAGAAAACAGAAGGAUGCAUAAAGAAAGAUUAAAGGACUGACAAACUCAAACAGAGGAAGAAAAAUAUACUUCAAGACAAAUUGAGGGACGGACAGACAUUCGUGCUGAGUUUGGUGUUGUGGUCCUCUCUGUGCACCUAUAGACUCAGUCAGCCCAGUGUUGCAGCUCUUUGUUCUCUGUUCAGUCCAAGUCUUAAGAAGAAAAUAUUUUUGUUUUCUAAGUUUUUACUGUUUUAUUAUUUAAAAACUGUGGUGAUAAUGAUGAUGCUGUUGAUGACAAUGAGUAUUUUAUUGAUAUUAUAGAAGGAGAAAGGAAUCUUGCACACCAUUUAUGUCAGCCUUUUAUAUUUCUAUUAUUAUUUUUUUGUUUAGUUCAUCCCUAACUAUUUCAUAUUAACAAGCACAAGAGGGCAACAUGGUGAUGCAGACUCACCUGCCCUCGACUGGUAUAUUUUAAAAAACAUAACAAAAAAAAAAGGCUUUUUAUGACCUUGUUCAUACUGGUGUUGUGUAUCUAACCUGUCUUCUCCAGGGAUGUUGUAAAACAUCUUGCUGUUUUAACCACAAUUAUCUACCUAAUAUACCUCUUUCCUCCAAAUCCGAGGCUAAAAGCAUCGCAAAUGAGCAAUUGAUUUUCGGCAAUUGAUCUGAUAACACACAAUAACAGUCUGCUCUAUACAACUCCAGUGUGACCGAGGUUCAAGUUUCUCUCUACCUGUUCAGAUGUGCGAGAUCAUUGAAACUUGGGGAUUAUUCACAAAACAGGCCGAUAACUGUAAAUGUGCCACCUGGUUUUACCUAGAUAUAAAACAAUGUAGUACUAUGUCCUAUACUUUGUGAACCUCCCAAGUAUGCAUGAAACCCCCAUCUCUAUGAACUAGUUUUUUAUUUGAUUUUGAAAAAAAAAAAAGGAUAAAAUACAAACGGUGGUACAUUUAUUAAUGUGGUUUGUUUCAUGAAGAUUCCCUUUUCUAUAUAUGAGAUGUUGAACUUGAUAAUGGUAGCAAUGUGAAAAAAUAAAGGUGGGUUGCUAUGGCAAUAUGCAAAUCUUACCUAGAUAAGAAUGUGCAGAAAGUGAAUGGUAGGCCUAUGUGAUGGUAGCUAAAUGUGUCUUUGCAGGAAGGAUUUGGUUGAAUAUUGGUUGUUGCAUUAUAUCCACUCUGUCCGCUCUCAACUACGUUCUAAUUUAAAAGCUGGAAGUAAAUUCAU